UGCCUCCCGCUUUGCCCCAUGAGCCCGCCGGCAGCCCUCGCUGAGGGGGCGGCCCUGGUGGAGGGGGCUGCUGCUGCUGCUACCGCUGCCGCCGUCCCUUACGCGGUGGAGCUGGGUCUGACCGUGCUCCACACGGCGCUCUACGCCGCCCUCUUCCUUUUCGCCUACCUGCAGCUCUGGCUGCUCCUCUACUACCGGGAGAGGCGGCUGAGCUACCACACGCUCUGCCUCUUCCUCUGCCUGCUCUGGGCAGCCCUCAGGACCACCCUCUUCUCCUUCUACCUGCAGAACUCCCUGCAGGCCCUCCGCCUCCAGCAGCCCUUUGCCCACUGGCUCCUCUACUGCCUGCCCGGCUGCCUGCUCUUCUCCAGCCUCUGCCUCCUCAAUCUCUAUUUCGCUGAGGUGAUAUUCAAAGUGAAAUGUGCAGCUGAAUUCAACAAGUACAAGGUCCUGUUGUAUCUGGGCUCCAUCCUCACCAGCCUCCUCUUCUUGGUUGUCAACUUAACCUGUGCAAUGUUAAUCCACGGGGAGGUCCCAGAGACCCAGCUGAGGUGGACAGUCCUUGCCCGUGCCCUGCUCAACGACAGCCUCUUCAUCCUCUGUGCCAUCUCCCUGGCUUGCUGCAUGUUCAAGCUAGGAAAGAUGUCUUCAGCAAAUGUCUACCUCGAGUCUAAGGGAACAUCUGUCUGCCAGGCUAUUCUGGUGGGAUCUGUAGUGGCUCUUCUCUAUUCCUCAAGGGCUUGCUAUAACCUGGUUGCUGUGGCCAUAUCUCCAGACAGUGUUCCUGGGCCUUUUAACUAUGGCUGGGACAACCUUUCAGACAAGGUGCACGUGGAAGUCAGCAGUGAGGAGUACGUGGUGUUUGGAGUUGUCCUCUUCCUCUGGGAGCUGGUGCCAACCACUUUCGUGGUGCUCUUCUUCAGGGCUCAGAGACUGAGCCAGAACUUGACCCCAGCAGGGAUGGUGAACAGUCACAGCUACAGCUCCAGGGCCUACUUCUUUGACAAUCCGAGGCGCUACGACAGUGACGAUGAUUUGUCACGGCUUGGGGCCAGAGAAGGAGGCUUGGCCACCCCUCAGUGCUCUGGCUGCUAUGGGUCCCUGGCUGGGAACGACAGCUCCAUGGUGGGUCCCCACCUCAGCGGGACGGUCCCCGACAGCGCUCCCUUGCUCUUUGCCGCGGGCGGCUCGGAGAUGAAUAAUCACCACAGCUCAUACCCUGUGCCACAGAACUGAAGAGGCUCAAGAGGUCCCCUUUUUCCCCAGAAGUGGCAUUCUUCAUGUAUAGGAUUGUUAUUUUUUUUUUCCCCCCUUCUUCCCUUCAAACUCAUCGACACAAACAUUCCACUACCUGCCGCAGCUGGGAGCAGGACUGAGCCUGUGGCUGCAGGCAGUAAAGGAGAGAACUUCUGUGACUUUUUAAGAGGUACCAUGUAGCAAAAGUGAAGCUGAACUUCUCUGGAAGCUUUUUUUUUUUUUUUUUUUUCUUGGUCUGGUCUUCAAGAUGUUGGCAGCUAAAUGCACCAGAGCUUCCUCACUAGAAAAGAAACAUCAAAAAUGCAUAUUUUGCACUUUUUAUCUGCACACUUGGAAGGAACGAAUCUCGCUCAGGCUGUGCUCGGUCUGAGACUGUUCUAGUUACUCUUUUAAUUGCACAUCCAUAGCUGGGAGAAGCACUGUCUUCCUGCAAAAGACGUGUUCCAUGAAGUACUCUGCAUCCUGACUCACUUGGGAGUGUGAAGCUGUUGUCAUCAUCUGAGCCUGUCCCAGGCAGGGAAUGUCAGAGUGUUCUGUGUGCCAUGGUCCCACCUCCUGGGGCUGAGCCUGCUCUUGCUCUGACCCUGCUCUGGUCCUGGUGUCACCCACCCCACUGCUGAACUGUCCAACCUGGGGCUCUGGGCUCAAAGCAGAUCCUGUCAGGGGGAGAUGAAGUGCUCCUGGUGGUGUGAAGAUCCCCAUGCUGUGACCAACCCAGCAGCUGAUGGCCAAGGAAAGGGGCUGGCAGGGUGAGAGGGCAAGACUUGAUGGGCUGCUGCCUCCUGGGGAACCUGGAGCUGGGCCACAGCACAGGUAGAACUGGGGCUGCUUUAACCAGGGGGUGGGGGAAGCAAUCCUGCUCCUUCCUCCUCCUCCUCUUUGCCCGUGGCAGGGCUCCCUUUCCCCCCUCAGUAUUAAAUUGCAUUUAGCAGAAUUUUAACCUGGAGUGAGUGUGCUGCUGGGGUCCCUGCUGUGGCCUGGGAGGUGUCUGGAGGGGACAAGCUGGGCAUUGGGCUCCUUGCUGAGCUUUGCCAUGGGGCUGGAGUCCUCCCAGUGCUGCGGGAGCUGUGGCAGCAGAGCUUGGUGGUAUACACAGGAUUGGAGUGUGCUGGGAGGAGGUUUCUCUCUCUUUUUAACCAAAAUAGCCAUGGUUGGUCUGCUCUGUAGCUCCCCUGGGCUCUGGGUGAGGAGGUUUGGUGUUACUCCUGGCUCAGCCUUGAUCCUGAGGUGGGCACAAGCACAAAGCAGCUUUGGGAAUGGGCUUGGAUGGAGUCACUGGGCCAGAAAGGGACCUUUGGUUAGAACUGGUUCUGCCCCACCUCAUGCUGCUCUGCUGGUCAAACAUCUGACACUGA